AGCCCGCGGCAUAUCUGUAGUAACUGCUGUAUUGUGUUGAGGUGUGUGCUUGUGGAAGAAACAUGGACCGUAGUACAACGCCAAACAGGAAUGCUAGUAGAAAUAUACCACGUGACAAGCCAGCACUCACAUUAGUUUAAAUUCCUGCGGCAACAGGUAUUCAGCGGCAGGCGCUUCGCUGUGUAGUGUACAAUAUGGACCAAGAUUGUUAUGAAUGAUCUAAAAUAUCUGAAUAAAAUCGGUGUGUGGGAGAGCGUGUGCGUUGUAACUUUACCGUGCAUCGGCAGGUGUGGUGUUGUGGUUUUGAAUUCCCACAGAAAACAGUUUUUGCAGUCUACAGUUUCUAAAACUGAAGUUUAGAAAUAUUACCAUCACAGUGAUUUUGUGAACUGUGUUACUCCUGGUGUCGACUGACCGUUCGAUGACCUCUUGGUGCCCGCUCUUCUACGGUAAGAAUGGCUAUAUUAUCACUUCCACCAUUCCUGCUGCUGACUGUUGCUGUGCUGACUUUGCUACACAGUACAGCCAGCUACCCGUCUGGUGCUCCGUCCAGUACUUGUUCAACUUUGUCUCCAAAGCAUAGCAGUGUACCUGCCCAGCAAAGUUCGUCUCCAUAUGCUGUCACUCCAGGCAAACCCAGUAUUGCUCCUGGCUCGAAACUCAGACUCAUGAUGACAUCAACUACUGGCACACCGUUUAAGGGUUUCAUGCUGCAAGCACGGAAGCCUGAAGGAAGCGACUCUGCGAUUGGGCAAUUCACUGCACUGCCAAACCUUACCAAAACGUUCACCUGUCCAGGAGGGUAUCAGAAUUCACAGAAUACGGUUACACAUGCAGACCCGUCCAAACGGGAUAAUCUGGAGUUUGAGUGGGAAGCACCUGACUACUAUGAGGGAUCUGUAAUAUUUGUUGCCACUGUGGUGCAAGACUUCUCUACUUUCUGGCAAGACGUGAAUUCUGCCCCUAUAACUGUUACGAAACGUGCGGUGGACAACAGCUCGCAGUCAACAGGGAUCUCAACUACAAGACGACCAGUUGUUACAACUCCCAGGGCAACCACCACGCCACCUUCUGUUCCUGAAACUCCACCAAGAAGGGCUUCUGUUAUGAUCGAUCUCAUCUAUGAUGGUUGUGGGUCAAAGAAGACUUGUUUUGGUUUUCCUGGUGGCUGCAUAGACACUAAGUCUUGCACAGCUAUGGUGUCUUGUCUAGUCCAAGGAGACAGAUAUGAAUUUGAAAUGAAAGCAAGGAAUAGUGCUUAUGUUGCAGUGGGUCUGUCCCUGGAUAUGAGUAUGGGUGAAGACAGUGUUGUGGAAUGUGUACAAGAUGGCACAAGUGGAAACAGUGUAAAUGCUUAUAUGUCAUGGAACUCUGGGAAAGAUAACAAACGGCUGACAGUUCAAGAUGGAAUUUCUCUUAAAAAUUCUUCGUUUGUGGAUGGAACAAUUUACUGCAAAUUCAUGAGAGAUCCCAUUACGAAUGUUGAAAACACAGAGUUUAAUCUGGCUAAAGACAAGUACCAUUUGUUGGUAGCAGCAGGGUCUUCUGUUCGUGAAGGCAACGUGGGAUAUCAUGAUAAAGGACGUGCUGCAGCUGAAACCAGACAGUCCUUGGCUGAUGUUAGUAUAGUAUCGGUCUCUUCCAAUUUGCUACUCAGACUUCAUGGUGCUUUCAUGAUUGGAGCCUGGAUUGGUGCUGCUGGAAUUGGGAUUUUGCUGGCCCGUUACUUCAAGCAGACCUGGGUUGGAAACCAGCUUUGUGGAAAAGAUCAGUGGUUUGCAUGGCAUCGAAUGUUCAUGUUGCUGACAUGGGGGUUGACAAUUGCUGCCUUUGUUCUGAUCUUCCUCGAAUUGAAAGAUUGGUCUGCCGAGGACAAUCCACAUGCAAUUCUUGGAUGUGCAACAACAGUGCUAGCAUUUGUGCAACCAAUUGGAGCAGCUUUUCGGCCACAUCCUGAUUCAAGACGGCGACCCAUCUUCAAUUGGCUCCAUUGGCUUGUUGGCAAUGUGGCACACAUACUUGGCAUUGUGACCAUUUUCUUUGCCACAAAACUGACAAAAGCUGAACUGCCUGACUGGAUGGACUGGAUUCUGGUUGGCUAUGUGGCAUUCCAUGUUGCUGUCCAUCUGAUCUUAUCCAUUUCAAGUAUUGUCAGUGAGAGAAACAAUGGCAAGAGAGUGAACUCCUUCCCCAUGAAGGAGAUGACCUCCAGUCGCAGCCCCCUGCAUUCUCCGGAAAGAAAACAGGACUCUCCUCAUUCUUGCUUUCGGAAAUUCAUGUUGGGUGUUUACAUAUUGGUGAUUCUGUUACUGGUGGCUGCCCUUAUCAUCAUCACAGUCUUUGCUCCCAUUGAGGACAGCUGGGUGAAAUUUCAGAACAUGAUUGCACCAAAUAACACACAGGGACAGUAAAUAUAUUCUACAGAUUUACAACAGAAAUGAAAUUCAGCUUUUAGUGUCUUUGUGUUACAUCAAUUCUGUGUUUGCUCUGAUACAAAGAAGGUUCAUUUUACCAAAAGAAUACUCUGCGUUACAGGUAUGUUUAUUUUUUUAGUUCUAUGUUGCAGUGUUGUCAGUGUACUGUAAUAGUUGUUUGUGUUGGCUCCAUUAAUGAAUAUAGAGUGGUGAGUGUUAUGCAUAUUGAAGUUAACUAGAUGGUUUGUGUGCAAGAGGAAAAGCAGCAGGUUUCACAUCAUUUGUAACAUGAAAAAAGUGUUUUCUGGCCUGAAUACAACAAUACUAAACCAUAAGGUGCUGUUUUGAUGGUGCAAUACAAUUUAUUACUUGUUUUUUAAAGAACUAAACAUUCAUAAUUCAAACGAAUAAGUCUUCUGUUUUCAAAGAAGAACUGAAAAUUUAGUUCAGUAUUACAUUAUAAAGACUACAGUGAACAAUGGAAUUAAGGAAAUGUAUAAACAAGCAGUAUAAUUGGUGUCAUUUUUGUAUAAUUUCUAUAUCAUAUAUAACAACUUUUACAAGAACAAUAUUUGUGAAAAUGAUUUAACUUGAUAUAAAUGUGUCAAUGUUGUAGUGCAGUUUGCAGGGUCUCCAAAAAUAAAUUAUACAGUUUUAAAUGCA